UUAAAAGGUUUAUGUCCAUGGUUUUUUGAAAAGUCUUCUGAGCCAGCUUUGUGCUGUGAUACUGUUCAAAUUGAUUACUUUCAACGCAGUAUGCAACUUCCAAGACAGUUUUUGUCUCGAUGCCCAUCGUGUUGGCAUAAUUUUGUCCAACUUUACUGUCAAUCAACUUGUAGCCCUGAUCAAUCAUUUACGGAUCUUACUGCAGCAACUCCACCAAGAAAUGAAAGUAUAACAAGUAUUAAUUAUCACAUGACCCCAGAAUUUGCUGAUGGACUUUUUAGCUCUUGUUCAGAAGUGAAAUUUCCCGGAAAUAAUGAGAAAGUAUUAAAUGUUCUAUGUGCUGCACCCACUGGCCAUUGUACCCCAUGCUUGUGGUUAACGUAUUUGGGCAAUCCUAACAAUGGCGAAGCUCCGUUUAAAAUUAAACCUAUUUUUACCGAUUUCAUUUAUCCAAAAACAGGUAUUGCACCUAUGAAUAAAACUGCUUUCCCAUGUGAUGUUGCUACUGGAAUGGGAGUUAAAGCUACUUGUAGUUGUCAAGAUUGUCCUGCUGUAUGUAAGCCAUUGCCGCCAAUACCGACCCCCCCAAAACCUUCCACCAUCGCCAACAUUCCCUCCGUCUUAUUCAUUGCAAUUAUGGCUUAUUGUGCAUUCGUUGCUCUAUUUAUAUUGAUAUUGGUAAUUCGCUAUUGGCGCAGUAAAAACACAUCUGGUUCUAACACUAAUUUAGACUUGCAUGGUGAAGAUAAUAGUCAAAUUUAUGGUAAGGAACAUAAAUCGGAAGAAAGGUGUGACUCUUCAAGUGUUUUAAUUGAAGCUGGCUCAGUUAUGGAAAAAGGAAUCAGCUCAUUUUUCACUCGCCUUGGUGUUCUUUGCGCUCGUCAUCCUUUUAUGGUUAUAGCGUUAUGGAUCAUCUUUAUAGGAAUAUGUAGCGGAGGUUUAGCGUUUACAAAAAUUACUACGGAUCCAGUUGACUUAUGGUCUUCCCCAACGAGUCGUUCAAGAAAAGAAAAGAAUUACUAUGAUAAAACGUUUUCACCGUUUUAUCGUACCGAGCAAGUUAUAAUAACUGCACCCCAUAGUAAAUACACUACCUACACAACACGAGAAGGAACAACGCAAGAGAUUUCAUUUGGCCCUGUUCUCCAACGUGACAUAUUGGAGCAGGUUCUUGAGCUACAAUUAAAUAUUCAAGGUUUGAUAGGAUCUUAUAAGGAUAGCAAUGGAACCAAACAUGACGUUACCUUAGAAGAUAUUUGCUUUAAACCGACGUAUCCGACAUUUAGUGAAUGUCAAAUAGAAAGUGUGUUACAGUACUUCCAGAAUAACAAGACCCUAUUAGAUAAAGCUGUCUAUGGAGAGGACCAUUUGUUCAUUAUUGCAGAUUACCACGAUCACCUACUAUACUGUACAAACAAUCCUACUUCGGUCAAAGAUAUUGGUAAAUUUGCUACUCCAUGCAUUGGUACUAAUGGAGCUCCUAUUAAUCCGGAUACAGCUUUAGGGGGAUUCAAGGGUAAGCAUUAUGUCAACGCUUCCGCUCUCGUAUUAACUUUUAUUGUUCAAAACCAUGUUAAUGAUGCGGAUAAUGCUAAAGCUAGGGCUUGGGAAAAACAAUUUCUUAAAUUCCUCAAGAAUUAUAAUAAUCCAAACCUAAGUCUAGUUUAUUCUGCUCAACGUUCUAUACAAGACGAACUGAACCGAGAGAGCGCGGCUGAUGUAAUAACGAUUUUAAUUAGCUAUUUAAUUAUGUUUGGGUACGUAGCAUUGGCUUUAGGAAGAUACUCUACCAACAUCCGAUAUUUCUUUGUUGACACAAAGAUUACUCUUGGCCUUUCUGGCGUUAUAAUGGUUUUAUGCUCAGUUGUCUGCUCAAUUGGAAUUUUCAGCUAUGCGAAAAUUCCAAUUACAUUGAUUAUUAUUGAGGUUGUUCCUUUCUUAGUUUUGGCUGUUGGAGUUGACAACAUGUUUAUACUUGUACAAGCCGUACAGAGGGAUACUCGACAGCCUCAAGAAGAAAUUGAACAACAAAUUGGACGUGUGCUUGGAACUGUCGCGCCUAGUAUGCUAUUAACAUCAUUAUCGGAAACUAUCGCUUUUUCGUUGGGUGCGAUUAGUACUAUGCCAGCUGUUAGAACUUUUUCCAUAUAUGCAGCUUUAGCUGUUUUCAUUGACUUUUUGUUGCAGGUAACCUGUUUCGUGGCACUUCUCUGUCUGGAUACGAAAAGGGAAAAUAACAAUCGUUAUGAUGUCCUCUGUUGCGUUAAAUCUCGACGUGAAAAUAAUCUAAACCAAGGAGGCGUCCUUUACAAGUUUUUUUCUAAUUAUUUUGCUCCUUUUUUGUUAAACAAGUUUGUAAAAACAUUAGUGGUGUUAAUAUUUUUUGGUAUGGCAGCAUUUGCUGUUCCGCAGGCAACAAAAGUUGAAAUUGGCCUUAAUCAGUCGUUAUCACUUCCAAAAGACUCAUACGUUAUCAAGUAUUUUGAUGGUUUAAAUGAAUACUUACACAUUGGUCCGCCCGUUUAUUUUGUGGUAGAAGGUCCGUACGAUUACACCUCAACUAAUGGUCAAAACGAUAUUUGUGGAUCAUCCGGAUGCAGUGCGGAUUCGCUAGUACAGCAAAUUUAUGUUGCUUCGGAACAAGCGAAUUACACAUAUAUUGCCGAAACUACGUCAUCUUGGAUUGAUGAUUACUUUGCCUGGAUUCAGCCAGUCGGUAAAAUACCAUGCUGUAGAAAGCGUCCAGUCGGUAAAGGUCACUAUAAAUUCUGUCCGUCUACAGAAGUCAACCAGAGUUGUGUGCCGUGCUUGCCUUCUACGGAUAUUGGUCGUCGCCCAACUGGGAAAGAAUUUAUAAAGUACCUACCAUGGUUUUUAGAAGAUGUACCAGGAAAAAUUUGUGCUAAAGGCGGCCAUGCAGCUUAUGGAAGUGCAAUUAAGUUUACGCGUGACAAGAAAAAUAUAAGUGCUACCUAUUUUAUGACUUAUCAUAACAUCCUGAGAACAUCUAAAGACUACAUUUACGCACUUAAGAUGGCCCGUACUAUCGCCAAGAAUAUCUCUUCCGUGAUUAAUGCUAGAGUGUUUCCCUACAGUAUUUUUUACGUAUUUUAUGAGCAAUACUUGACGAUGAUUAGAGAUACAUUCCUCAGCUUAGGCGUUUCCUUAGGUUCGAUUUUGUUGGUCACUUUCUUAUUAUUGGGUCUAAAUAUUGGAGCAGCUAUUAUAGUUACGAUGACAGUGGCAAUGAUUGUAAUAGACCUUAUGGCCAUGAUGUUUUUCUGGAGAAUAAGUCUGAAUGCGGUCUCACUUGUUAAUCUUGUUAUGGCGAUCGGAAUUUCAGUCGAGUUUUGUUCUCAUAUCGUACGAGCUUUUGUCGUCAGCAAACAAGAAACAAGAGAAGCACGAGCACAAGAAGCCCUGUCACGAAUGGGAAGCUCGGUCUUCAGUGGCAUAACUUUAACUAAAUUUGGUGGUAUCAUAGUUCUAGCGUUUGCCAAAUCACAGAUAUUUGAGAUUUUCUACUUCCGCAUGUAUCUUGGUAUCGUUAUUUUUGGCGCCAGCCAUGGUCUGAUAUUUUUGCCGGCAUUCCUUAGCUUUUUCGGUAUUACAGCCGCGAUUGUCUCUAUAAUUUCAAGAAUCAUCGACAAUACAUAA